AUGAUCAGCUCUCCUCUCUUGGGCCUGCUAGUAUCACUCCUAGCCGCAACGCAGCUUCAGGCAACCGCCAUCAACUCUGAGCUCGUUUCUAUCGGCUUCAACAUCGACCUGUCGGCAAGCAGUGAGCUCGCCAAACAAGUAGCAGGCGGUGCCGGAUUCUCGUUUGGAUACUCCUGGGGCGAAGAACUGUCGUCGACAGAGAGCCAUACGUGUGCAAGUCCUGCAGACUUCAAGGAACCUCCGGGCCUCACCCCCGGACAAUUGUAUCCCAAACCUUGCUUCCAGCCUCAGUGGACACCCAAAGUCGACCGGGUCUACUUCCACCUCUGGACAAAGAUCCUCUGCCAUUGGGACGCCGAGUGGGAGUACAAAGGUAUCCACUAUGCCGACUAUCCGAUCCUCGAUCAUGUGGGCACUGCAACGAAGGGCCCCAAGAUUGCUCGAGGGGUCUGGGAUUGCAGCGUCAACUGCAUAAAUCGCCCUGAGAUUAAGGCAAAUACCUGUCGUGCCGUCGGAUCGACCUCGCCCCCGCCCGAGCCCAAGCCCAACGACUGGACGCCGGCGAAGCAGGGCUCCCCCGCUGCAGGCGGUGGAUCUGGAGUAACUCCUGCCGGGAACGCACAGGUCGCAAGCGGCGCCGGGGAGGAGCAAUACCAGGCCAACGAAGCUGAUCUUGUACCGUUCACACCUGGCGGGAAGCCGUGGGACGUGGGCUCGACCUAA